UGGACUUUCAAGCGAGAUGUGCAUUGUAGUUAAGUGAUUUGAUUAACUUGAAGCGUUGGUUUUCUCUUUAACAUUUAUUAAUUUAAUCGGCCGACUCGUUUACAUAUGAAACUGAAGCUACAUUAUCAUUCACUUUUGGCCUGUACGUCAGCGCUGAGGGCUCGAACAAAGUAUUCGUACAGGAAAAGGAAAACCAAGUUGACGUUAGUAGCUUUUAGCAUAGCCUUUAGCCUAGGUUAGCUGUGAAACCCUAAAGCAACCCAGCCUAGCCGGUAAGCACUAACCGACCGAAGUUAAUAGCUGUUUAACCAAUUUAUUAGUGCGUUGAAAAUAAUCGGAGCAAAUGGUUUAUGAGAAUGUGCAGCCAUGGGUGACAUGAAAACCCCAGAUUUUGAUGAUCUGCUGGCAGCCUUUGAUAUCCCAGAUGCCACAGGACUGGAUGCCAAAGAGCCUAUCCAGGGAAGUCAUGAGGAGGCAGAAAGUCAGCUGAAACACACAGGGAUGUGUCUGGAUGACAGCUUACUGAGUAACCAAGAUACCGCAACAACAGACAUCCCCGUUAUAAGUGUAAUAGUUAAAAACACAAGUCGGCAAGGGUCAUUGGAAGGUUUCAAUGACAGGCUUCACUCAGGACCAGCACUGCACAAUGGAUUCCAGGGACCGGGGACCUGCACUGACCCUGCAAAAUCAAGCAGCACUGGCUUUUCCAAAUCACUUGUGUUUGCUUUAAAUGGGGAGAGUUCAAGAGAACUCUCUGUAGAGGCUCCUGUUCAGCAAAAACCUGAUGGAACGCCAAUAUUGUCCCAGUCAAAUUCACAAAUUAGUCCCAUUUCCAGUCCAGAUUCUGAGGACACUCUGUGUAGUAGGGAUGAAAUGCUCUCAAAACAAGAAACACCCAGUUUUCAAGCAGCUCCUGUUUUGGUGGAAACGUCAGUCCCAGACAAUCACAAAGAAAUGGACCUUUGUAUAUUUGAUAGCUGUCCCGAUUACACUCACGGAGGUAGAGUAGAGAAUGGCCAAAGUGAGAACCCCUCUGACAUGUGUGUCAGUAAUCAAAUAGAGAAAACACCUAGUGAAACCAGUGCAUUGCCCCAUCAAAGCAAUAACCGGAGCUUUAUUGAGACCAACAACAAUUUAGGAAACACAGUAGAUGUGACUGCCUCUUAUUCACCUGUCACAUCUCAGACACCAAAGUUGUCUUUUUGUCUUGAGGCUCUGGUUGCUCUAAACGCUAGAAAAGAUCCCAGUGAGCAGAAUAGUUCCAGAGUGUCCUCUGCGAUUCAGAAGGAUUGCGUUAAAGCUAGCCCCAAGGUUCCCAUAUCCCCACGAAGCCCCAGAAGUCCACUUGAAGUAGUGAAACGAUUAAUAAAACCCUCUGACAGCCCUGUGAGCAUUGGCAGUGAUAGCAGUGGCAAAGGAUCACCUGCAGUUUUGUCUGGGUCACCCCCAGCCAUACCCAGGGUCAGAAUCAAGACGAUUAAAACCACAUCUGGGCAGAUCAAACGCACAGUCACCAGUGUGCUACCUGACUCGGAGACAGAUGAAAUUCACUCUGCUUAUGAAUCCUCUCCAUCUCAGAGUAUGAUUAGUGAAGAUUCUUACUGCAAUGUGUCUCCUCAUCAGUCUCAUACCGGUGAUUACGUUGUUGGGAUACAGACUAAUAACAACCCAGCUAACACAUCUUCACCAAAGGUUUUACACAGAAAGUCUGAAGUAAAAUCUGAGGAAAAAAGGAAGUCUGCAUCAUUGUUUCAUAAUCCCACUGGUCAUGUCAAAAGAUCUUCUGCACAUCAGGUGCAGAAACCAAAGAGAGCAUCAGCUACAAGAGGCCAUACAACUAAUACAAAUUUCCUUCCAAAAGCAAUGCACUUAGCCAGUCUAAAUCUGGUCCCUCAUAGUGUUGCUGCUUCAGUAGCUGCACGGUCCAUCUCCCAUCAACAGAGUCAAUACACACUUUCUUCUUCAGUGUGCAGUACUGUCCCCUUGGUGCAUCAGAUCAAAACUGCCAGUUCAUUUCCCCGUACAGCUCCUUCAAACACAGCUGCAGAAACCUUAAGCAGACUUUUAAAGAACAUUAACCCUAUUCCUGUACAUGUGCCCAACUUGAACCCACCUCCAGAGAGCGACAUCAGCCUACCACCCCAUGGAUAUUGCUGUCUUGAGUGUGGGGACUCCUUUGGGGUUGAAAGAAGUCUUGCGUAUCAUUACAGCAGGAGGAGCGUUCACAUUGAAGUAGGAUGUACACACUGUGGAAAGACUUUGGUUUUCUUUAACAAGUGUGCCUUGUUGGCACAUGCACGUGAGCACAAACACAACGGCAUGGUGAUGCAGUGCACGCAACUCCAUGUAAAACCCAUAUCGGAGGAGAAUAUGUUUGUACCACUGAGUACUGUGUCGAUGAAUGCAGGCUCUCACACCCCGGCAUUGUUCUCACCCAAAAGUGAACCCGUCUUGCCAUUAUACGUGGAAAAUGUCAUUCAGCACAGAUUCCAUUGUGUGGAGUGUAACAAGCAGUUACCUGACAGUAAAGCACUAGCAGGCCACUACCAGAAGUCCUCAGAAGAUUUGGAAGGACUGAUUUGUAAAGUGUGCUCAAUGUUGUUACCCAACAAAUGCAGCUUCAGAGCUCACCAACGCCUUCAUGCACAUAAGUCCCCUUUCUGCUGUCCUGAAUGUGGUGCCUUGAGUCGUUCUGCAGACAUACAGAAGCAUGUCAGAGAAAACUGUCUGCAUUAUGCCCGCAAGGCUUGGUACAAAUGUCUUCACUGUGAAAUUGUAUUCAAAACCCUGGAAGGUCAAAAGACUCACAUUGAAGAGAAACACUGUGAAGUCUUUUACAAGUGCUCCGUCUGUCCAGUUGCCUUCAAGACCUCUGACAGCUGUGAAGUACAUUUAAAAAAUAAACACAGUGCUUCCAAACAAUCACCUCAGUUAGUCUUUAAGUGCUCGUGUGAGGUGGUUUUCAAGAAAAAGAAGCUACUUUUUCAGCACUUCUAUCAGGAUGCCAACAAGCGAGUUACAUGCAUAUUUAAGUGUCCAGAAUGCAACUGUGUUUUUCCACAAAAGCGGCUUUUUAUGCAGCAUUUCAAUGGUGUGCAUGCUGGAAACAUUGCAGCAGAGACAGAAAAGGACACUAGAGAUAAAGACCAAACUAACUGGCGUCUGGAUUCACAUUCUGUCCAACAACAGAAGAGUCACAACCCUCGUAAAAUCACUGAUAGUCCCAGAAAAAAAUCAGAGCAGAACGGCAAACCACGCAUAAAACCCAGUGGCUGGACCUGUGGAGAGUGUCUGCAGUGGUUCACUGAGCGAGAAUCCUACAUUUCUCAUGUGAAGACCAACCAUGGAAAGCCAGUGAGGAAGUAUCCAUGCCGACACUGUGAGCAGUCAUUCAACUCUGCAACCAGUCUAAGAAGACAUGUUCGCAGUGACCAUGAUGGAAAAAGGAGAAUUUACACUUGUUGGUAUUGCACAGAUACCAAGACAACAUUCACAACAAGUGUGAUGUUGAAGAACCACAUAAGCCUUAUGCAUGGAAUUAAAAACCCGGAUCUUAGUCAAAUGCCUAAAACAUCCAACCAGGAAUGCAAAAAAGCUCUGGGCAAGGGGCUCGUUUCAGCGACACCUGCUGUGGACACGCAGACUGACCACCAGGAUCACACUGAUAUCGAGGUUCCUUCAGCAAAACGUCUCAAAACUCAGUUUCGUUGUUCAAAAUGCGGUUUUAUCACAGAUGACCGCACAGAGUUCCAGCAGCAUAUACCUCAGCAUAAAACAGAUAAAAACACUCCUCAGUGCCUUUACUGCGGCCUGUGUUUCACGUCUGUUCUGUCUCUCAAUAGACAUCUUUUUAUUGUCCACAAAGUCAAAGAUCUGGAGGAAGAGGAGAAGGGGGAGGCAAAUGUUGGGGAAAAGGAUCAGGGUGAUCAGCCACUUAUAUCAGCUGAGGCUGGUAAGGUAAAUGAAUCUACACCUUUGCUGGGAGAAAAGCCAGAAAGUCUUAGCUGUACUAAGACAUCAGACUGUCACGUAUAACUAUCUACGUUGAGCUUCCCUGCAGCCUGAUAUACCUUCCUAGAAGGUACAUCACUGCAGCACAGACUUAGUCCACUGCUCACUGCUUUGCUUUGCUAGUGGAUCAAGCAUUUUAGAUGCAGGGGGCAUCAGUAAAAUCAGCUUUGCUCAUAAUGCUAACUCAAAAACAAUAUUCAACAAUAUUAAAAAACAAUAUAUGCAAACCCCAGGUUCAGUGCUUAUACUAAUUAUCUCCUCCUUACAUUGCCUCAGAUAGCUGCAGAGUUAAUCCACAUUUUUUUAAAGCAACUUCAGGAAUCCCACCUCCAACUAAGACUUUGGGGCAGGCUACACUGCAGACAUAGACACACUAAGUCAGGCCUUAGGCUCUGCUUUCAUCUGGUAUUGAAGCAUGUAUUCUGCUUCAACAAGGACUGUUGUGAAGAUUUUGAGCUUUUAAGUUCAAACUUUUUAUUUUUUGUAAGCAGUACAGUAUAUUUAAGGAGAUCCAUAUUAUUUGAUAACGAGCAGCAUUUUUAUACUAUUUUCAUUCAUUUCAUUUAACCUUGCAUGUUUGCAAUCUAUUAACCAAGCCUCUCAGAUACAACUGCACUCAUAUUAUUUUUUCCUUUAAUUUUUUAUGCUCAGGAAUGUAUGUCAUUAAGUAUGGUAUGGAUCAGUACAACAGUAAAAUGUUACAUUUUCAUCAUUGCAAUCAAUGAUAAUUGUCUUGGUAUUGCCUGAAUGGGUUUCAGGAUGGAAUUGUUGUGAAAUGACUAUGUUGCAAGUACUUUGCAGUUCAAAUACGGUAUUUCUGUCACAGUUAAUUACAAAACAAAAUGUAGGUCAGUAUUCAGUUAAUAGCACUCCUUCAUUUAUGGUAAAAAUGUCAUUGAAGUAGUGUCCUGUGAGACCACAUACAGGUAGAGCUGUUGAAGUUGGAUAAAUGCUAGUUAAGCAUUUCAAAAGAAACUUUAUGUUUGAAGGUGCACAUUAUGUUCCAGAUUUGGCCUUUUUUGUGGGAGUUUGGAAGAAAUUAUUACAUUUGUGCUGCAGCAGUAUUGAAAAUACCUCAGAUUGCCAGAAGUGUAUUUUCUUUGGCGAGCGAACGUCAGUGUUGUGUCAAAUCAGGGUACAUUGUCUUGGGUAAUCUAGAGCAGGGGUGAGAGUGAACUUUGGUGGCACAUUAGUGAGAUUCUGUUUUAUAAAUCACAACCUGGUAAUGUGACUUCAUAGAUAAUUUCAGAGGAAACGUCAUAGGUUAGUUAUAAAAACACCUCUUGUUUGCAGGUUCUGAUUUGUGAAGCAGCACUUUUUGUUCUGUGUUGUCCACAUGACAGUUCCUACCUCCAUAGAAAAUGGCAGUGAUUGUUAAAUGUCUCAAAAGCUUUGAGAAGUUAAUCUCAGUGCAAUGUAAAAUAAAAAUCUAUAUCUAGUUUAUAAAGUAAGUAUUAUCCCACAUUUUAAGAUUUUAUAAAUUAUUUUGGGAACGAUAUUAAGGCUUUAUGGUCAUAUUGACUUAAUUGACAAGUGAACUUUUCUAUGAAAGUGCUGUAUGUGUCCUUAACCACACUGCAGCUAUUUGCCUGCAGUGGCAGAAAACAAUUCACGUUUUGCUCUUUGUAAUACUUCAUGAUAUUUGUACUUUUGAUACUGCGUACAGGGAGGAGUUGUAUAUGAAAGAAACAUGUACAUAAGGUAACCAAUGACACUUGGAUUCACUGCAUUUCCUAAGCCAUUACAUCUGUUCAGCAUGCAGUGGCCCCUGUGCCUUGCUGUUAUGUUUACGUAAAGUACUUUCAAAUAAACAGGUGCAUUUAA